GGCGAUUGCCGCAGAUGCAUAAGCUUAAAUGAUAAACUCCUGCUGACCCUUGACAUAUAAAGUCGCUCAGAUUUCUGCAAUGUCAUUGCCUCUACGUUGUCUCAUGCACUCUGGCUGUAGUGGUUUGUGUUGACGGCCCCAAAGUGCAUCUCAUAUAUUCUGUGCAGCUGACCUGUCGACUUUGCUUUACACGACCGCCACAGGAUCAAUUCACGGCAGUAUACUGCUUUUGAUCCUCUUGAGCAUAAAAGAGGCUUGCCGUGAGGCUAUCUUCAACAACCACCACCCAAGUUUAGGUUCGCCCGGACUCUUCCCAAGAAAAUAACAUCCGAGGCCAGGGGACCCUAGGCAGACUCCGGUACCCUCUUCACUAAAUUUCCUUACACGUUCGUAACCUUUUUCAUUCGCUCAUUAUUGCCAGAUGCAUUUUAAUGGGGACCACAGUUCGGAUGAAUAAAGUGUCCAUCUCUGUCAAGCCAGCACAAGUACUGAGCCUGCCGAGCACAAGGCGCAGCAUCAUGACACGAACUCGAGAUGGAGUCGUAUUCGGAUCCCAGAACGAGCCGAGGAGUAGACGAGACCGACUUGUGAUUGCCUAAUAAUCUCCAACAAGAAGCCCGUCAUUUAGUGCUGCCAGGGGCCGCUUCUUCAACCACCAACGUGCAUUGUGUCUGUGACACUCACACCCUCGCAACAAAUUCACAACCCAGAGAAACAAUUACAAUGGCAGAAAAAACAGAGCCAAAGACAGCUUCAUCACCACCGCCCUGCAAGGGCACCAUCCUCGUCACAGGCGCCAACGGCGGCCUGGGCAGGGGCUACAUCACCGCCCUCAGCAGAACCCCCUACGCCAAGGCCCAUCGUGGCAUCUACCUGGACCGCGACGACGCCGCGGCGCGGGACCUGGACGCCUUCGUCAAGGCCAAGGUGCAGCCGAGGUGCCCCGGCCACGAGUACGAGACGGCGGCCCUCGACCUGGGCAGCCUGGCCAAGAUCCGCGCCUUCGCGGCCGACAUCAACGCCCGCGUGGCGAACGGCUCCCUCGGGCCCAUCCGCGCCCUGGUCCUCGUCGCGGGCUACCUGGACGUCGCGCCCGAGGCCUCCAAGCCCCGGCGCUUCACCGAGGACGGCCACGAGAUGGUGUGGGGCAUCAACUACCUGGCCAACUUCCUCCUGGUGCUGCUCCUCCUGCGGUCGAUGGACAGCGAGCACGGCCGCGUGGUCAUGGUCUCCAGCUGGUCGCACAACCCGUACGACAGGCGGAACGCCGUGACCAAGCACCUCGGCCUGCCCGAGUACAAGGUGCAGUACCGCGAUACCGAGGCCCUGUCCAAGGGCGUUGAGUACCCGGAUGACGGGCAGAAGGCCGGGCUGAGGAGAUACGGGGCCAGCAAGGCGUGUCUGGUGAUGUUCAUGUUCGAGCUCCAGCGGCGCCUCUCGGUGGACCCGGAGCUCUCCAAGAUCUCCGUGCUGGCCAUGGAGCCCGGCGCCAUGGUCACCAACAUCUCGAACGGGGCCAAGAUGCCCUCCAAGACCGUGACCAAGGUGGUGGUGACGCUCUCCAAGCUGACGUCUGCCGUCGCGCCCAACUCGCCCCUGCGCACGCCCCUCAAGUCCGGCGAGCACCUGCUGCGCGCCACCUUCGACACCAGGGAGCUGGGCGAGCGCCCCAAGGCCGCCUACCUCGACGGCGGGAAGAGGCGGAAGCCCGGUGCCGAGGUGCAGGACGAGGAGAAGCAGAAGAGGCUGUGGGGCGAUACUUUGACGCUGGUGAGGCUGGAUCCGGGCGAGACGGCGCUCCAGGACCUGAGUGUCUAGGCACGAUGUUUCCGACCCUGCAACCCGAGCUUUAUGCUGGCCAUUUUAGAGAUCGGAUAUUCGCACCCGCAAAAAUGGAGGGUACACCUAAGCCCCAAGGAAUAAACUCCUAUAGGACAGCCUCCUACAGGACAGCCUCCUACAGGACAACCUCCUAGGACAACCUCCUAGGACAACCUCCUAGGACAACCUCCUAGGACAACCCCUAUGGAAUAACCUCCUCUAGGAAAACCUUCUUUGGGAUAAUAUCCUAUAGGAUUCGCCCAUAAGACAACUAGUUCGGUGCUGACCUGAGUACUUUGAUCUCUAAGCUGCCCACCUAGGUACUAGGGGUGUACCCUCCAUUUUGGCGGUGCGAAUAUCUGGUCUCCCAUUUUAAUAGGAAGGGUUCCUGUAAAUUUUAUUGGCAAAUAUGGAGUCCAAAGGUUUAUGUCAUGAACGGAGUUAGGAUCAACAAAAGCAUUUUUCGGAUUUGUUCUUGUUUCUAUUGCCUGUGGACCUUGUAGGCGUGUUCUGCAGUCAAUGGUAAAUAGCCCCAAGAGCCUGGACCUAGAUGCGCG